UGAUAUAAUAACAAAAUGCGUGUAUUCAUAAUACAUGUUGUAUUCCUAAUACAUAGAAAAUGAUGUAUUCAUAAUCUUACCUUUUUGGUGAGAUUUGAGUAUCCAUAAGUCAUUUAAACUAUGGGGUCGUUUGGAGAAUAUGAGUUUAAAUCUAUAGAUUGUCAACAAUCUAAAGAUUCAAACUCUUCAGAUUGUCGAAAAUAUAUUUUAAAAUGUUUAUUGUUUGGUAACUGUUAUUGUUAACAUUCAAAGAAAAUAAAAUUUUCAAUUUUAUUGUAAAUAACAUGUUUAUCCUUAAUAAGAAAUUAGAUUGGUUGGAGAAAUAUUACAAACCAAAAAUAUAUUAAAUAUGAUAAAUAAAUAAAAGGAAGAGAAAAAAUAAGAGAGAAAAAACUCAAGAAUCUAGAUAUAAAAUCUCUCUGAUUAUGAGAGAUUUUAUAUCCAUAGAUUUUAGAGAUUUGAAAUCGCUAAAGCUAAAAUUCACAUUACAAAAAGCAACAAAAUAACAAGACUUUCUACAAAAUCUACGGAUUCAACAAAUCCACACCAUGAAUCGUGUUCUCCAAACGACCCCUAUAAUCCAUGCAUUCUUUUAUCGGUUCAAAACAAUGAAUUUUCAAAAUCAUACAUUCUUAGUAUACACAUAAUCUUUAAUACACAUUCUUGUAAUACAUAGGGAUGGCAAUGGGUCGGGUCGGGGGCGGAUAGUGCAUAUUCGUUACCCUACCCAAUGUAGUUCGGGUUCUACCCAUACCCGUACCCACACGAGAAACGGGUAGAAAAUCAAAACCAUGUCCAUACCCGUUCGGGUUUCGGGUAUCCACGGUUAUCCAUGGGUAAUAAUUUCUCCUUAUAAUUCCAACCAAUAUGUUAACAUUCACACGUAUACUCACAUUACGUAAGAGGAAAAGUACGACAAUAAUUCACUAGAAUGACAAAAAUUAAUUAAAACAACAUAAUUUCAUGAAAAUAUUAUAUUUAUAUGCUAAAUAUAAAAUAUUCUAGAGAAACAUAAUGAUUAUUUCUAGACAAAAUACAUGUGCAUGUGUAUAAUCAGGCGGGUUCGGGUUGGAUAGUGAGAUAAUCAUGCCCACCCAUUACCCGCAAUAUUCGAGUUCGGGUUUUAUCAGUACCCACGGAAAAUGCUUCGGAUUCGGGUUUUACCCUACCCGAUUAGAUCGAAUUCGGGUGGAUAUCCACGGUUACGGAUAUUUUUGCCACAUUAUUUCCGUAAUCAAGGUUACCCUUAGUGAUCAUAUGCCUCCUACAAGCCCAAUAUCAUCAUACAAAACAAAAACAAUGCUUGAGUAUCGAGCCCACUAUCACGAGCUUCUGAUUGGAAAAAGGCUACUUUCCGCCCAUUUCUGAUUCCUACGGGCUUCGACUUUCUGAAGCUCAAAAGCCCAGCAAUGGCACGAAGGAUACCAAAACGGCGUGUCGUUUUGGUUUGACGAAUAGAAUUAUUCUCCAAUCUCCAACGAUAGCUACCGUAGUUCCGUUCCUCUGCCGUCGUUGUCGUCUUGUACUCCUGUCAAUUGACGAAACCGGUCACCCGCCAAUAACCGACGUUAAUAAGAGAUUCUUUCGCCGAUUCCCUUCCUCGGCGGUGGCUAUAGGGUUUACGGAUUCCGAUCAAUUUUUCCCGGUUGAAGAUCGAUGGCGAUUGCUUUGGCGAAGACAGAUCAAAUCCCGACGCUGAAGACUAUCGAAGCCGCUCUGAAGCUGACCGAGUUGAAGAAGGAGAGCCUGAGGAAGGCAUACGAUGAACUCCAACGCCAUUCUUCAUCCGCGGCGUUCUCACUCUCGUGGUCCGAUCUCGACUCCCACUUCUCCUCCCACCAGGCUGACCUCACUGGCCGCUUCCGCCUACUACAAUCCCGCGGCCCGGCUCUUCCUCGCCAGGGGGUCGGUCCUACUUCCUCGGACUCCGGCCAGCAGAACGGUGGUCCUAUUGAGGCCGAGGCGGGGAGAGACCUCGUGGCCAAUGGUGUAGAGGAGGAGAAAGCUGGGGUUGACUCUGACCCUGGCUCUGCAAUGCAGGUCUCUCCGGAAGUGGGAGGACCCAGUCCGGCUAGAGCUGAGUUGGUACUCUUUUGCGAGAAGCUGGAUGGGAAAGGGUUGAGAGACUACAUUAGCGAGCAUGCCAAGGAGCGGAUUGCGAUUCGGGCUGAACUUGCAAGUGCAAUUCAUGUGAGCAGUGACCCAGGUUCUAUGGUUUUGAAUGCAAUGGAGGGGUUCUAUCCAGGGAAUUCGGCUUCGAAAGGAGAUAAAGACCCGGAAUUGUAUCGUCUACGGAAGAGUUGUUUGGAUUUGCUGGAUGUGUUGGUUGAUAUCAAGCCAAAUGUUAGCGAUGAGGCGAGGGAGAGUGCUAAACAGUUGGCAUUGGAGUGGAAAUGCAAAGUGAGUUUGAGUGGGGAGAGCCCUUCUGAGGCGUUGGCGUUCUUGAGUUUGUUGGCAGCUUUUAGAUUGCGGGAUCUGUUUGAUUUUGGUGAGCUUGUGGUUUACUUUGUUGGCGUUGCGAGGUUUAAGCAAGCAAUUACUCUGUGUCGAGAUAUUGGUCUGGGAGAGAAGACUGCAGUUCUUGUGCAGAAACUUAUAGAUGGUGGCAAACAGCCUCUGGCUGUCAAAUUUGUUUUUGAAUUUGGAUUGACUGACAAGUUUGAAGUAGUGCCGCUGUUGAAAGCAUAUCUAACGGAAUGCAGAAAUUCCACUAACCAAGCUUGCAAGGAUGGAAAGAAUCCCAUCAAGACACAGAAUGAGGUCAAAUCCAAGGAAGUUAGUGCACUGAAGUCAGUACUUCAAGUCAUCGAUGAGCACAAGCUUCAAUCUGAGUAUCCACGAACGGAAAUUGAAAAGCGUAUUGAGACUUUGCAAAAGCAGAAGACUGAUGGCAAACAGGCUACACCAUCUUCUGCCACGAAGCCUCAACAGCAGCAGCAACAACAACAACAGGCAAAGAAGAAGAAGCAAGUGCAAGCGAAAUACCAGCCCCAAGCAAAGAAGCAGCAACACCAUCAGCAGCAUUACGGAAAUAAGCGCUUGAGAACAAAUGGACCGGCACUUCCAAUGGUUGCUUCUGGAUCAACCGUUCAGCGUCCAUUUCACCAACCUCAUUUGCAGCCAACAGGUUUGUAUCAAGCAGCUGGGGCCUAUGGGAUGGUGAAUGCCUCUCCUCCCAUUCCCUGUUAUGGGGGCUCAUAUGCUGGACAGUAUGGUUUCGCAGGAGCUGGAGUGGGCUUACCUGGGAACCCAAACCCUGCUGCUGCUGCUGCUGCUGCGGCAGCACAGCAAUACCCUUCUGAGUCUCAAAUGGCGCCAGGGUUUUAUAAUGGGGGGCAAGCUGCUGCUGGUUAUUAUGAUGGAUAUGGUUAUCCACCUCAGCAUCAUCAAUCCUACUACCCUCAAUAGAUAUUUUAGCUACUGACCAUCUGAGUUAAUACAACUUUUGGGGGUAGUAUUUGUUUUGUCUGACAUACCAUGCUGAUCACCAGAAAAGCAUUUGCUUUUCUGGUUACCAUGCAUGCACUACAAUUAUCUUGGGUCAGCAGAUAUUGGCAUUGUUCAAUAUCUCUCUGUUUGCUUAUGAACCAAAACCCAGCACUUUGGCUAGGUUUAUUAUUUAAGCAAGAUUUAGAUCCCUGAACUGCUUAAAGGUUCAAUUUCCUGCCAGUAGCUGAAUUGAGAGUAGCCCAAUUUGGUUUCUUUGUUGGUUUAGGUUUGCUUAUGAUAUCCAGCAGAUGACCAUUUACUAGCUUAAACCAAUAUGUCUGUCUGCGGCAAUGGCAUAUGCUUCCCCAAUAACCCCUCCUACCCCACAUUCAAACUCCAUGAAUGCAACAGUUUGCCCUUGCUCUGUAUAUAGGAUUAAAUAGUUGUUUUUAUCUUCAUCCACUUCUGUAUUUGCUGCUGCUGUUUUUUUUCUUUCACAUUGGUCUUGCUUUUGUUUUUACUGCCUCUGCACCUUUUCUUUCUGAGACUUUUUUUUUUGUUUCCGCAUUUGGCUUCUCUUCUUCCUUUUGUCCUUUCCUUAUUUUCUGGAUUGCUUUCCAUUUUUCUGUUGAGUUGCUGUCAGCUCCAUCAUUGUGGAUUUUUAGCUGCACCUCAUGAAAAAGCCCCAAUCUUUGUUCUGCCCCACACAUACCCACUUGAUAGCUGCCUUAUGGGGUCUUCUUUCUUUAUUGUUCUAGCUCAGAAAACACAAGUUGUGCAUACUAUAACUGGGAAUCAAAAGUAUAAUGUAAAAGGAAAGCUGUCCUCUUGUUAUCAUUAUGAUCCAAUUUGGUAGUUUCCCAUUGGUAUCAAGCACAUGCAAGGUUCAGUUCAAUACAAUACCCCUCACCCCAUCUAUGUCGGUGAGGGUUUUGUUUUUGUUCCCUUUUGAUUUUCGAAGGGUUAAGCUGUUCUGUGAUCAGCAGCAGUAGAGUCAAUCUGAAGCUCCUCGAUGAUAUUCUCUGAUGGAAAAUGCCAUCUGCAAUCUAAUCGAGAUCGAACCCUUUUUCUCAAUUUGAUCUCAUUAGAUAGAGAGCUGUUCCAAUGGAGUUGGGGGAUGUCAAUCCAACGUCUCCUCAGAAGUUUGUAAAAGGGAGAUUAGACCUUCCCCCAUAUGAACAGAGCCUCUGUAUCUAAUUUCUGUGCAUGUCCACUUGUGAUUUGGAUUGGUGUUUCUUGGUAGAUAGAAGAGAAUGGGAUGUCCGACUGAUGACAACUGACUGGCGGCUAACAAGUUCUUGAGCUUGAAGAUAUGCUUUUUCUGGACACAAAUAUCUGAGUGGAGUUAAUUGAUGUGGGUGGACUUCUCCCCUAAGUAGGGCUGGUAAUUUGUUAUGGGGGUUAUUGGGUUAACCGUUAAUUGUUGGUUACCGGUUACAUUGAUAUCUGUUAAGGGAUAGUAGCUGCUACUGAUGAAUAGGUAAACAGAUAACUGCUAUUUGAUCCGGUCAACUGCUAGCACGAAUUUCAUGCCUUAUAAUUUCGUUUAUUAUUUCUUCUAAUUUAUUUAUGAUAACAAUGUCAAUCGGUUAGCGGUUAAUCGUAUAGUCUAGCGGGUCAGCUAAUGGUAUAGACUUUUUGAGUAGUAGUUUUACCGCUAAUGGAUCCGACUAUCGGCUCUAUCGCUAAGUGGCGAAUAGUGAAGAAGGAUAAAUGAGUAACUAGGGGUGUCCAUUCGAGUUUGGUUUUAACCGAAAUCGAACCGAUUUGAUAAAUUGUUGGGUUUUCAGGUUCAGGUUUAAGGUUUUUCAGUUUUGGGUUUGGUUUUGAUUAUCGGGUUUUCGGGUUUCGAUGGAAAACCCUCUAGGAAUAGCAGUUGGCCCAUAUUCUUAGGUUUGGUUUUUUGGGUUUCGAUUUUGCUUUAACCAAACCCAAACCUGAUAAGGAACUUUAUCGGUUUUGAGUUCGGUUUUCAAUGAUUUCAGGUUUGGUGUUUUUUCGGGUUUUAUCGGAUUUCGGUUUGGAUAACGAACCCGACCCGAAUAUACACCCCUAUGAGUAACAUGUCAACUUUUCCCUCUUUUGUUCAUUUGUGAAGUUGGCUACAAGUGAAAGAAUGGCAUUUUUUUUAUUCUUUUGUCAAAGGUUGGUUUUGGUCAUUGCUACUACAUGGAUUAUUAAAUUGCCGGUUCCCUGUCUUGUACUUGUGUUCUUUCCUUCUUCAUCGACUAAUCAAUUGAAACAUUUCUCCAAGUAUAUUAGGUAUGAAGUUCACGUUACUAAAUGCGUCGACUAUACAUUUCCCGGCAACAUGUGGGGAAUAGGGAUUCACUUGGGCGAGAAGCACCGUUAACAAUCACGUAUCACAUAGGUUGCAUACUAGCUUGAAUUGGAUCGAAAUGAUAAUGUUUAAACGGAUCGUACUAAUGUUGGAUCAAAUUAAAUAGGACGUAUUCACAAUUUCGAUCAACCUCUCAUCGUCGUUCUGCCAUACGUUUUCGGUUGAGUAUCGACCAAACACAUGGCUUUCCGAAUGAGAAGUAGGAAACUAGCUCAAGCUGUGCGCGUGAGUCACGUUGAGAGGAUAGUUUGAUGGCAAGUCGAUUUCGGCGCGCGCAUCCGAAAUUCAGUGUAAGGAGCCCUGCUUUGGUUUGGUUUUCUUCUUUGGCUGUCAAAACCUAAGGAGAGUGAGUAAACCACACACCAGCAAUCCCUCUCUGUACUUUUUCCUUUUGUUGGUGCAUAUCAGCAUAGUAGAGGAGAAGAACAUGUCCCUUUUGGAAAACUGGACUUCGAUCUCUCGUAAACCACUCAGAGGGCCAAAUGCGUGUUUACCUUUACCUGGCGAUCCGACCGACCGGAGUCUAAAUAAGUAGAUGAGUUUUAGCAGUAUAAAAUGAUUUUCAGUAUUAAAAAUUAAAAUUUUAA